CUACGGCCAUCACAAGAUGGCGACUUCGUUAUAGAAAAUAGAUACGAUGUUUGUUGGGAUCAAUUAUAUUAGCUAUAUGCAUGCAUAUGCAACCGGAUAGAUUACAUAUUGGCUUUACCCUCACUGUAGAUAAAUGCAUGUUUGCAUCUACGCCUGUUCCCAUUCCUUAGGUUUGUUUAUUUUUGUCAUGAAGUCGGCGGUACUACUAGCGGUGACUCAGUCUUUCUAACGGCGGUGGAAAUAGUCAUAUUGCGCAUCAGUUAUCGCACCAAGAAUGGCUCUAAAUGUCUUUGACCAUGAUGAAUACAGGCCGCCAGUGUGGAAAUCUUACCUGUAUCAGCUCCAGCAGGAGGCACCACAUCCACGGCGACUGACCUGCACCUCUGAGGUGGAUAACCGGCCCAAAUACUAUGGGAGAGAGUACCAUGGGAUGAUCUCCAGAGAGGAGGCUGACCAGCUGCUGAGUGUGGCAGAGGGGAGUUACCUCAUCAGAGAGAGCCAGAGGCAGCCUGGGACCUACACACUGGCCCUACGAUUUGGAAAUCAAACCAGGAACUUCCGCCUCUACCGUGAUGGGAAACACUUUGUUGGGGAGAAGCGCUUUGAGUCCAUUCACGACCUUGUGACAGAUGGGCUGAUCACGCUCUACAUCGAGACCAAGGCAGCAGAGUACAUCGCUAAGAUGACCAUCAACCCAAUCUAUGAGCACAUUGGCUACACAACACUCAACAAGGAGCCCACGCUGAAGAAACACUUGCCUGUGUGCCAGGAGGUUCCUGAUGGGCCUGCGCCACAGGGAGGGCUGGGUGACGAGGAGAAAGGGCUCACCUCACUGGUCCGCCGAGCCACCCUGAAGGACAACGACCACGCGACCAAGUAUGAGAAAGUCCACAAUUUCAAGGUGCACACCUUCCGGGGACCCCACUGGUGUGAAUAUUGUGCCAACUUCAUGUGGGGCCUCAUCGCUCAGGGAGUUAAAUGUGCAGAUUGCGGUUUGAAUGUCCACAAACAGUGUUCCAAAAUGGUGCCAAACGACUGUAAGCCUGACCUCAAGCAUGUCAAGAAAGUAUACAGUUGUGACCUUACGACCCUGGUAAAAGCCCACCAUUCCAAGCGACCCAUGGUGGUGGACAUGUGCAUACAAGAGAUUGAGUCUAGAGGUGUUCAGUCUGAGGGCCUGUACAGAAUCUCAGGCUUCAGUGACCUGAUUGAAGAUGUGAAGCUGGCUUUUGACAGAGAUGGUGAAAAGGCGGACAUUUCUGUGAAUGUGUAUGAAGACAUCAAUAUAAUCACUGGCGCACUGAAACUGUACUUCAGGGAUUUACCUAUUCCUCUUAUCACGUAUGAAGCCUACCCAAGGUUCAUGGAGGCAGCAAAGAUUACAGAUCCAGACAAGCGGUUAGAGGCCCAUCAUGAAGCUCUGAAGCUGCUGCCACCUGCACACUGUGAAUCACUGUGUUAUCUCAUGGCCCACUUAAAGAGGGUAAUCCAAAAUGAGAAAGACAACCUGAUGAAUGCAGAAAACCUUGGCAUUGUUUUUGGGCCCACCCUCAUGCGUGCCCCAGACCUGGAUGCGAUGACGGCGCUCAAUGACAUCCGUUAUCAGAGACAGGUGGUGGAGACGCUUAUAAAGAACGAAGAUAUUCUGUUCUGAAAGGGGAUGAUUAACAAUGAAGGAAUCUUAAAUCAUGAAUAAGCGAUGUACUCAUCAUUUAGAAUGGAGGAAGUGAUGAUGUUUUUAAUAUUUUCCCUUUUUAAAACCAAGACUUGAAUAAUAAUGCACCAUUGUACAUUCUCUUCCACUCCCAGUGAGCCCUGUCUGAAGAGAUGUCUGUUGGGUUUGAAUCACGUACCUUAGACUUGUCUUUUGCAUGUUCACCCCCCCCCCCCCCAUUUGUGUCGGGGGUAAUUGAUGGAACACACAUUCCUUUGGAUAGUUAGUAUGCGUUUUUGUUUUCAGAUAUUGGGUCACACCAAAGGGAGAGAGGACUCAACAUUAUCUCUGACAUUAUAGUGUCUUUGACAGCAUGGGCAGUGCCAUUGAUGCUACAACCCAUAGGAAUCCCCAUCCAGUUGGCUACUUUUAAUAGUUUGAAAUGGCGGAGGCAUGGUGGAAGCCCUCAAUGGCAAUGUCCAUGCCAAAAUGGGUUAUAUCCAUGAUGAGUCCUCUCUCUAUGGAUCACAAUCACUCAUUAUCUGCUCUCUGAUCUUGUAGAUGUGGCUCAUUUGUUUCAUGAUGGGUUUAUUCUUCCUGUGAAUCACUAAUGUACCUGGAUGUAACACAGAAUACUAUCGGUUAAAAACCUUGUUUAUUUUGUUUAAUAUUGUAUGUUGUUCUUUUACGUUCAUUUAAAAGAAAUGCAAUGGGAUAUUUAUAUAAUUUCAGCCAGUAGUUCUAAAAGUAGCCUAGCACUCACAUGCCAUAACGGGUGCCUUAAAUGUAUUAUGUUAUAUUAACGGUGUGUCCCAUGUACAUCUGCACUUCAUUUAUAUUAUAAUGGCGUGCCACACUAUUGGCACUCACUGCCCCUAUUGUCAGAGUAUCCAAUGUGCCCAAGUGAUCGAGCCUCCCACUUUUACCUUGCAGCGUCAUUGUAUGUGAUUGUGCCUUUCAACGGUCCUAUCAACAUUGUCCACCCGCUUUGGUUGUUUGAAGUAUCCCUUUAUUCCUUGGUCAGACUAUGGCAUAAAACUUUUCUAGUUUAAAAAGUAUAAAUGGUAUCAAAUAGCUCAAUGGAUGCAAAGUUGAGUCAGUCUGGUUUAAUUCGAACCUAACUAACCAGUUUUAUUACAAUGGGAUGCCCAUCCACAGUGGAUGGCCCAUUAUCAGGAAAUGAAGUAUGCUAAGCCUGUGACAAGGUCUAUGAGAGGGUUUUGUGCAAGCAGGUUCAGUCAUGUAUCCCAAUGUUGCAGAACAGUGUAGCUUAACAGGAAGAAUAAACCGAUAUGACAUGCCGUGUUCAUAUUGCUAUCAAAAUAUUAGAUGUAUAUCAAAUUAUCAAUAUUGGUGCCCACCACCAAAAAUGUAGGGCCCUAUAAAAUCACUUUUUUUCCCCCCCC